GUCUUCCAAGGCAGCUUCACCUUGGGCCGGCGAGGAGGGGAGCGCAGUAGCCUCACCUUCCAGGACGGAGAUCGCUUGGUCGGCAGCUGGAGCGCUGACGGAGAGUUUAUGGAGGGGACGGUGCGGCACACCUACACGAACGGCGACGCCUACGACGGGGGCUGGAGGACCACCGGGAUCGCUGGGCAAAAGCGCGGCCCCGGCGGUGGGAGCUUCUCCGGCAGGCUGCAGGAGGGCAAAAGGACGGGGGGCGGCGUGCUCCACUGCUCUGAGGGGAGAUACGAAGGCCGCUUUGCCGGCGACGAGUUCGAAGGAGAGGGCAACUUUGUGUCGGCGGACGGUACGGUCGAAUUCAGAGGAAGCUUCGCGCGUGGGCGGCGCCACGGUCCUGGAUACGAGCUGCGCAGGGGCGAGAACGGAGGCGUUGAGUCCUUCGAGGGGGAGUGGGUAGAGGGCGAGCGGCGACGAGGCAUACUCACUGCCGCCGAUGGCUCGAAGACGAAGGGCACUUGGGCGAAUGGCUGCCUCGACGAGGCGCUGCCAGUGUGGCGCUCAUGCACGAUUGGGGACGGAUCCCAUUGGGAGGGAGGCUGGGUGGGCGGUCAGCCACACGGCAAAGGUGUCCUGAAAUCAGCGCAAGGCGCCUCACUGAGGGGGACCUUUGCAAAGGGCGCACUGUGCCCGGAUAAGGCGGCGCAUGCCGACAGCGUGCCACACAAGGGCGGUACGUUCGAUGGGAGCUGGCGAGCGGGCGCUCCGCACGGCCGCGGGCGUCUUACCUACACAAGCGGUGCCCAGCUCGAGGGCGAAUGGCGAGGAGGAGAGGCGCACUCGUGCCGUGGGACGCUCCUGCUUUCGGGCGGUCACCGCUUCGAUGGCCAGGUACGGUCGGGCGCGCCGGAUGGGCGCGGCAGCAUGAGGUAUGCAAACGGCGCUCGCUUCGAGGGCACUUUCCGAGCAGGAGCUCCCGAAGACCACGGCAUUUGCUUCGAGCCAGACGGGCGGCGCUACGAAGGCCAGUGGCAUGGCGGCCUUCGUCAUGGGCACGGG